UUUCCCUCCCCUGUAACCACUGCUCGCUCUACUGCUACUGCUACUGGUACUUGUACAGGCGGUGCUGCUGGUGGCGCUGUCUUGCUCUUGCCUCCGGGGCGGCACCUUCCCCUCUUCCUCCUCCCACUGCCCAGCCUUCUCCUCCUCCUCCUCCUCCUCCUCCACAUGGGUUUGGUGUCCUCCAUGGCGUGCUGCCAAAAUGUUGGUCAGGCUCCGUCGUCUUGCUGCGCUUCAGGGGCUUCUUGCGGUUGCGGGGGGAGGAGCAGCGCCGCGGCGGAGCCGGCGUCGUUGUGAUCUGUGGCGCCAUUGAGGGCUGCUGCUGCCUGCUGGGCUUGCUGUUUCACACUGCGGCGGCGGCGGCGCGUGCGAGGGACGAGAUGCGGACUCUCGCUGUUGUGGCGCUUCUUCUUGCUUCGGCUCUUGGAUCCAGAGGUACUACUCUGGCCCCUUCUCCUGCUGUCACUAAUUCCCCUGCAAACCAAGGACAAACUUCUAGCCCUCCUGAACCUGCAUUUGCUCUUGGUCCAGUAACUGUUCCAACAGCACCAUCUACUCGAUCAGCACCUUCCCCAGAGAAGUCAGCUGCUAGUCCUGCUGCUCCCACUGAGCCGCGAAAAGCCCCGAGUCCAGUAACUUCCCCUAAAGAAUAUAAUGCGCCUCCUCCAACUGAAGUUGCACCUCCUGAUCCCAAUGUUGAGGUUGCUGCACCAGUAGCUCCUCCACAAGCUUCAGUUGAAAAUCCCACGCCAAUUCUUCCUGGAACACCUGCAGUGCUACCUUCUGUUCAGGCUCCUGCUCCAUCUAUUGCCCUCAAUCCUAAUCCACCUGUCAUGCCACCUCCAUCUGUGAACAAUCAACCAAAUAGGCCGGUUGGUUCAGUCCCGCCUCAUCCACCCCCUGCACUGCCCCCUCCAGCAAAUGACGUUCCGCCAUACCCACCUUCAGGAAAUUUUCCUGCUAUUCCUCCUUCCGCUUCAGUUCCACGUGUAAAUCCCCCGAUUGCAUCACCUGUUAUUGUACAAGCGCCGCGACAGCAGGCAGAGGCUCCAAAUACUGAGCAUAAGAGUGGAAACACAGUGCCCCCAGCAAAUACUUCCCCUCCUGCAAAUCUCAAGAAGCAUCACGUUCCACAGGCAUCGCCUCCAAAGGAAUCCACUGGUCAAACUUUCCCAGUUCACAAAUCACACGUUACAGGAUCUGCGCCUGCAACAAGUCCUUUGCCCCAGAACACAAACAUGCCUUCAAUCCCGAAGAAUGCUUCAUCAGUGUCACAUGCCCAACCCUCACCACCAAGUUUAGCUCCCAAAUCGGCACCCACUAGUAGAUCUCAUGCUCGGGGAUGGAAAACCAAGAAUCCCAAGAAUGUAGCAAAUCCAUCAAUUGCCCCAUCUCUCCCGCCAUCGCACGCUCAAGGGCCCGAGAUCUCACGAGCUCCAAGACAGACUGGGGCUAAAAGGCAAAAUCACCAUGCACCUCCACCAAUGCCUCAAGGACAUCCACGCUUUCCUGUACAUCCCCCAUCUCCUUCGCCAUCAUCAUCGAGGGGUCCCACAAACGGAAAGAAAAGGCAUCAUAUUUCUCCUACUCUGCCUCCAAUCCCUCCCCUGCCAGAGCCAAAGGCACCAUCAGCUCAUCCCAUUUGGGCAUUACCUCCACCACCACCUAAUUCAGAUUGCAAUUCAUUAUCAUGCCCUGAGCCUCUAACAGAUCCACCUGCGGGAGCCCCAUGUGCCUGUGUUCUACCAAUCAGAGUCGGAAUUCGUCUAAGUGUUGACCUUUAUUCAUUCUUUCCGUUGGUCUCUGAUUUUGCUGAGGAGGUAUCUUCUGGGGUAAACAUGGCACAAAGGCAGGUUCGUGUGAUGGGUGCAAAUGUUGCCAGUGAUCAACCUGACAAAACAAUGGUUCUUGUUGAUUUAGUACCAAUGCAAGCGAAGUUUGACAAUGCUACAGCAUUUUCAGCAUUUGAAAGCUUGUGGAGCAAAAAAGUUUCUUUAAAAUCAUCAGUCUUUGGGGACUAUGAGAUUCUCUAUGUUGUAUAUCCAGGGCUUCCUCCUUCACCACCUUCAGCACCAGAAGGUGUUGGUGAUGGGGCAUUUGGCAACAACAGAAAUGCAAGGGCAAUGAAGCCUCUAGGGGUCGAUAUAAGAAGACCCAAGAGAAAAGUGAACGGCAGCCUAAUCGCUAUUGCUGUUUUGUCUACCAUUAUAGCAUUGAUUUUUUGCUGUCUGGCUGCAUGGUUGCUGAUACUCAGGUUCAGGGGUCCAAGUGACACAGCUCAAGGAUUCGCACAUAGUGUACUUCCAAAAUUUUCUAGGUCAUCUGGCACUGGUCACAUGCUUUUAGCUGGUGCUGGUCGCCAUAGUUCACCUUCUGGUCCGUCAGGUUCCCUGGGCUCAAGUAUCGCAACAUACACAGGGCAAGCAAAAACAUUCAAAUUUGCUGAGAUUGACAAGGCCACAAAUGGCUUUGAUGAUUCAAAAGUACUUGGCGAAGGUGGCUUUGGAUGUGUCUACCAGGGCACACUUGAAGAUGGAACGACGGUUGCGGUGAAGGUUCUGAAGAGAUAUGAUGGCCAGGGUGAGCGAGAGUUCUUGGCUGAGGUUGAGAUGCUGGGCCGUUUGCACCACCGGAAUUUGGUCAAGUUGUUAGGCAUAUGCAUCGAGGAGAAUGCACGCUGUCUGGUAUACGAGCUUAUUCCAAAUGGCAGUGUAGAAUCCCAUUUGCAUGGAGCGGAUCGUGAGACAGCUCCACUUGAUUGGAAUUCCCGUAUGAAGAUAGCCCUGGGGGCAGCACGAGCACUCGCGUAUCUACAUGAAGAUUCAAGCCCUUGUGUGAUUCAUCGUGAUUUCAAGUCAAGCAACAUUCUUCUGGAGCAUGAUUUCACACCAAAAGUAUCAGACUUUGGACUAGCCAGGACUGCGAGGGGGGAGGGCAACCAGCACAUCUCCACUCGUGUCAUGGGAACAUUCGGCUAUGUUGCACCUGAGUACGCUAUGACAGGGCAUCUCCUUGUAAAGAGUGAUGUGUACAGUUAUGGAGUUGUAUUGCUUGAGCUGCUUACUGGCAGGAAGCCUGUGGACAUGUCUCGGCCUGCAGGGCAAGAAAACCUAGUCGCAUGGGCUCGGCCCCUUCUAACAAAUGUUCUGAGCCUACGCCAAGCUGUCGAUCCACUUCUUGGCCCUAAUGUGCCACUGGACAAUGUAGCAAAAGCGGCUGCCAUCGCAUCAAUGUGCGUACAACCUGAGGUUGCGCACCGCCCCAGCAUGGGUGAAGUAGUGCAGGCCUUAAAACUAGUGUGCAGCGAGGGUGAUGAUUGCCUUGCAUCAGGAAGAUUCAGCCAGGAAUUGCCCAUGCAUAGUACAGCAGUUUAUGACGCCACUGGAAUGGAAGCAGAGAGAGUGCUGAUAUCCGAGAUAUUUGGCUCCACGCCAGUCUUCACUCCUGCUGCUAACUCAGGCUCUUUCCGCAAGCAGUCCAGUUCAGGCCCACUGAUGACCGGCAAGAACAGGACGUUCUGGCAGAGGUUGCGAAGCCUGUCAAGGGGGAGCAUGAGCGAGCAUGGCUUCUCACCAGAUUAUGAGACACGCUCGCAAUACAGUGGCAGGUGAAGAAAUUUUUGCUCAUCUUCUGGUUUUGUGAAGACAGGGAUUCAGUUGAUUGGGAAUAAAGGAGUUUCAAGCUGAGCUAGUGUAAAUUAUGCAUCUGGAGAUAGAAGCUUUGUAGUUGAGGAUCUCAUCAGAGUAGCAGAGUGCAGCCUGAGCUGUGGACUGCUGGAGGUUUAAUUUGCUCUGCUGUGGACUGCUGUGAUCUACCUUCGAAUCGAUGGGUUACAAACCGCAUAUGUGACCAUACUCCAGAACCCUGAUGCCUCUCUUCCGUUUACAGCUUCGUAGUUUGAGUUUUUUGAGUUCUUCUUUUGUUUAUCUAGUAGUAUAAAUGUGCUUAAUCUUUAAUCCUGUCAGUUGUUUACUAGGGCUGUUGAUGUGUAUAGAUUCAGACUACGUUUCUUUGGGCUUGUGGAUUUCGACAGACUUGUUGUAAACUGACGUUUGCUGGAAUGAGAAUGACAGAUUCUUUUUCUGACUA